UGGGAAUUGGAACACUGUAAAAUGCUGAGAAAAAUUUAUUUAAAAGGAGUGAGGAUCCUGCGACCUACUUCCCUCAGUAAGUGAACGCCAGUCCCCAGGAGGAGAAAACCAAAAUGCCUACUCCAGCAGACACCCAGGCCACUGCGAGAGGCGUUUCCAACCACGGUAAUUCACACAUGGCACAAAUGCAAGCCUCCAGGAAAGGCUUUUGUUCUGUCCGACAUGGGCUGGCCUUCAUCUUGCAGCUCUGUAAUUCUGUGGUUUUCGCCCAAAAUGUGGACUUGAGCAUUGCCAUGCCAGCAAUGGUGAACAACAUAGUCCCACCCAACCAGUCCAAUGACUCCACAGAAAGGCCCCCCACCGACUACCAGGACUACUGGAAUGAAACUCUAAAGGAAUUUAAGGCAGUGGCCCCUGUGUAUGACUGGAGUCCUGAAAUCCAGGGAAUCAUCCUCAGCUCUGCCCAUUAUGGCUCGAUCUUGGCUCCAAUCCCUAGUGGCUAUGUGGCUGGAAUAUAUGGAGCCAAGUAUGUGGUUGGUGCUGGUUUGUUCAUAUCCUCCAUCAUGACCCUCUUGAUUCCACUGGCAGCUGAUGCUGGAGUGACCUGGCUUGUAGUCAUUCUGAUCAUUCAAGGCAUAGCCCAGGUUACUGUAAUGACAGGUCAGUAUUCAGUUUGGACCAAGUGGGCUCCACCAAUGGAAAGGAGUCAACUCAACAGCAUUGCUUCAUCAGGUAUUCUACUGGGAACCUUCAUCGUCCUCCUCACCGGUGGUGAAAUCUGCCAGACAAUGGGGUGGCCUAAUAUCUUCUAUAUCUUUGGUGGAAUUGGCUGUGCUUGUUGUCUUCUCUGGUUUUCUCUCAUUUUUGAUGACCCCAUGAAUCAUCCCUUUAUCAGCACCGAUGAGAAGGAAUACAUCAUAUGUUCACUGGCCCAACAGAGUCGUUCACCAGGCUGGUCUCUUCCCUUUAAGGCUAUGCUCAAAUCCCUACCAUUGUGGGCCAUUAUUGUCUCUUAUUUCUGUCGCUUCUGGGGUUCAUAUACCCUAACAGCAUAUACGCCAACAUACCUCAGUUCUGAACUUCAAGUUAACCUCAAAGAUAGUGGGAUCCUGUCUUCCCUGCCAUUUCUUGCUGGCUUUAUCUUCAUCAUCCUUGGAGGUAUGUUGGCAGAUUUUCUCCUCUCCAGAAAAAUUCUCAGACUCAUCACCAUAAGGAAACUCUUCACUACCAUCGGGGUCCUCAUCUCAGUCAUGCUCACCGCAUCUCUAUACUGGGUCAGAUCCAGCCUCAGCACCACCACAGCCUUCCUUGUACUAUCUGCUGCCACCAGUGCCUUCUGUGUCUCAGGAUCCAUGGUUAACAUCUUGGAUAUUGCUCCUCGGUAUGCUAGCUUUCUCAGGGGAUUAUCGCACAUGUCUUCAUUCGCAGCUGGAGCCAUCUCGCCCACAGUUGCUGGAUUUCUCCUCGGUCUGGAUUCAGAGUUUGGUUGGAGAAAUAUCUUCUUGCUUUUGGCUGCCAUUGACAUAUCAGGCCUGGUCUUCUACCUCUUCUUUGGCCAAGCAGAUGUCCAGGACUGGGCUGAAGAGCAGAUAACCACCCACUUCUGAGCAAAUCAAGUGAUGCGAAAGGUCCCAAGAUUAGCUGCUCAUUGUUUUCCCUCACAGAUAUUCUACUUUUGUGCUUGCUUAUCUGAUUAGCCAUUUAGUUUUAAUUGCCUUUGCUUCCAGUGUCUUCUCAAAGAUCUUGGUUAUGUAACACUGAAGAUUCUGCCUGGAGAGUUUAUAGGAAUAAAAAAAGGGGCUAGGUAUUUAGCUGUGAGCUUC